AUGGCAGACGCGGAAAUGAGCGCGCCACAUUUGCAAGACCAGCCCGUGGGGGCCCCUUCAUCGGCAGCAUAUGGAGGCGCAGCUUCACCCCCAGGGGGCCCCGGAGGCAUGCCGAAGCGUAGCCUGCAGCUGCUGUCGCAGAGUCGCUUGGUCAGUGACGGGAGUGCUCACCACUUCCUCCUCUGUGCACCAUCAGAAGCCGUAGAUAUGGUGGCAGUCCAGCGGCAGUGUGCCGCCACUUCACCCAAGGGAGCCGAGGAAGUGGUGCUCUACCACACGCCUUGCCAAGGGGCCCCCGCCGGUGGGGGGCCCCCCACCCGCAGGGUAGUGGCAGUUUCCGUGCCACUCUCCCUUGCGGCCUCUUCUGUCUUGGCCAUGGAGCUUCUCAAGAAGCGGCUGCUCACGUGGGAGGCAGAGCUGAAUGCCUCCCUGACUGCCAUCGACGAAGACGAGGGGCCCCCUCCCGGGGCCCCCGCGCCUCACGCCACCACACAAAGUCACCAUCAUCACCAGCAGCAGCAGGCGGGUGGAAACGCUGCAGCGGCGGCUGCCUCUGCGCAGAGCCAUCCGCAGAUGCCGUCUGCCGCUGGAGGCGUCCCCGCAGCCGACGGGGUACCCCCUCUGGGGGCCCCCUCCUCCCGAGCGCAGGGGGUCGCCCCCAGCAGCACGGGGGCCCCUUCCCAGGCAAUGGGCGGGGGCCCCGUACAGCAGAGCGCAAGCAGCCAGCGCCCUACGCUCUUCAAUCUGCUGGAAGCCUUGGCCAGUGACAGCGUAACAACUCCAGACCAGCGCAACUCCAUUCGCGGCAUUGUCACUGACUUUCUGAACCACGACUUGCCCCACUCCAAAGUCUACAGCUUCAUCGGGGCAGUAGUUGGACACGAUGUGCUGCACACCAUUGUGAGAAAGCUGGAAAACGAGCCUGGAAGACUCGGUGUGCCUGAUGCUGGAGGACUUGCGCGCAUCGAAAAGGCUUUCGGUCUGAGCAAAACAACAAGCCCCCAGCCUGCCCAUGCUUCACAGCACUCCGGAAGUGCCAGCGGCACGAGUGCUCAAGGUGUAGUUGCGGGGGGAACAUGUUCUCGAGCAGCCACUGCGCUUUCCCAGGAGCAGCAGCAGCAGCAGUCCUCCAGUGGCGCCUGUGAGGCGGUGUCUUCUGGCUCGGGGCUGACAAGCCGCGAUGCAAUCCUGCGUGUCAUUCGACGUAACCUCGAUUCUAGACGCAUGCCUCCCCAAAGCACCAAGGAUGUGUUUGAAAAAGUCCGCUGGUUGCCUGUGCGGCGACCGCUAACUCCAGUCCCAGUGUUUGGCCAUACGCUGAUAUCCUUUAGCAACAAGGCCAUCUUCUUUGGGGGGUCGAAUGGUCGCGGGGAGGGCGUCAGCUUUAGGAGCGCAUGCGUCAUCAACCUCAACUUCUUCUCCUCCCGCAUCUUCGUCUUCUGCGGAGAACACCCUUCUGAACGCGACGGGCACAGCACCAACGGCCUGACGCUGCAGCACAGCCCUGGCGUCAUUCUCUUUGGCGGCCUAUCAGAUAAUCAGUUCUGCAAUGACGUCUACGUCCUCGAACUCGACUUCAAGCGGUGGGUUCGGAAGCAUCCGGCAGGGCAGCCGCCAGCCCCUCGCGAUCAGCAUGCGGCUUCGGUGUUUCCUGCAAAGACAGAGACGGGCAACUGGCGCGAUAGCAGCGCAGACAACCUCUCAGAGUUUCUCUUCAUCUUUGGUGGUCGUACGGGGAACCCCCGUGUUUCCUUCCACUGUCUGAACGACAUGUGGGCUUUACAUCUGCCUAGCAAUACGUGGAAGCAAGUAGAUGUGGGAGGUGUGCGACCUCCUCCGCGGUAUGGGUUCUCCAUGAUCUGGUCCGAAGACUUGCAUCUGAGUCUCUUUGGAGGCGAGACUCACGGAGCCAGCGGGAAGGUCUCUUGCAAGGAGCGAGUUCUGCUAGAAGAUUUUUGGCACUUUAAGAUCAAGGAUAUUGUCAAUGAGGCGCACUCAGGGCCUCUGGUUGUAGGGGAGUGGCAGCAAGAAGAGUAUGAGGGAAAGAUAGGCCCCAGAUCGCAUUAUGCGGCGAUCUUUAUAACGCAACGCUAUCAGGAACCUCGUGCAGAGCCGCGUACGAUCGAGCGCCUCAUGCUGAUCACGAGCGGCGUAACCACCGUAACGGAAGGCGAUCGCACGCGGGCAACAGAGACGGACCAAAUCAGCGUUUACUUUUUUUCGAAGAAACAGUGGUACACGGUGAAACCGAGGUAUCCCGCGGAUUAUGUGGGGGAGCCGUUUGGAGCUAGGCAACGCCAUGUCGCUUGUUUCUUUGAAACACACAACCCCCUCGCCAGGCCUUCGCGUCCUCCCGUACCCUGCCUCUUUGUUCAUGGCGGCUUCCGGCGGCACCAGGUGCUGGGAGAUGCUUGGGUUCUCUCGCUCACCGGCGAUGAUCCGUACAAGGGCCUCAUGCCGCAAGGGGGCCCCUCUGCGGUGGCGUGCCCCGUGGCGGGCGGGGAAUCUUUGCACGCGCAUCUCAUGAGUCACGGGGUGAAUACGAUGCGCUUGAUGCCUUCGUGGUAUCAACGAGAUACGCACACCCCCGGCAUUCUGUGGGCCCUCUGUAGCCAGCAGCGGUGGCUGCUUGGCGCGAUUGCGCAACUCGUCGAUAACGCUAUGCACCCUUCCGUGGGCUGCCGUAACGUCUGGAUCAAGUUCGAGGAGACGCCAGACAGAGACCCCAUGCUGUCAGUUCAAGAUGACGGACAAGGCUUGGACUACCCCGCAAUGAACAAACUCCUUCGUCUCUACGGCAGCUUCGAGCCCGGAGAAAGGCGCCGAAAGGGCUACGAGUAUGGGUGCGGGUUCAAGAUGGCCUACGGGAGGAUUGCUUCGAGUUGUGCCAUCAUGUCAAGGACGCAAGGCACGAUUGGAAUCGGGAUGCUGUCUCUGGAGCUGAUGGGGCACUGUGAUGCUCGGGAGAUCGCUGCGCCUAUGUGCAUGUGGCGCUUGCCCAACAAGGAGCUUAUCAAUCGCGAUCCCAACAACAUGGCAGACCAUCGCCACCACCAGCGCCUGCUGAUGACGUAUACGCCAUUCACGACGCCGUCUCUCCUGGCAGAUCAGAUCAACGUGCUGGGAACUAUGCCGGGGUCGCGUAUCGUGUUUUGGGAUCUGCGUGACGACUUGGACGCCCUCGUGCUGGACCCCCGAGAUUGCAUGUUGUAUUUGUCGUCUGCUCCAUCUGACGUGCGGCCUGUGUCUUGCGGAAAGGGCGAAGAAGGACGCCCUUCGCUUGCCGGGGAAGCGGAGGGCUCUACGGAUGCCAAGCCAGGCGGUAGCCUCGUUUUCUCGUGCACUUCGCCUGCUGCUUCUAGCGUCGAGCCGAUGAACCUCGAGGCGAGUCAGCAGGGCCUGUCGAAUGGGCUAGUUUCUGAGGAGUCGGUUGGAGCAGCCAGCGAGGAGAAGCUGCAGCAGGCAGUUCGCGAUCCCUGCAGGCCGCGCAUCGACGAGGCUGCCACCGCCCCCCCCACGAUGGGCCCCGAGAUGCUGGACGUGGACGAAGACGGGAAGCCUCUGACCUCUAGCGAGCAGGGGGGGCUUCUUCAGGCGGAGGAAAGAGGCUGCGGGGAAAGCAUCAUGAAGGUGGAACAACCCGCUGCUGCGGACGCAGGAGGUGUCGUCGGCAGCAGUGGCGUGGAAGACACUCGGGAGCCCAGAGAGCUUGAGAUCAACACAGGGAUCCAGAAGGCUCUGCCCCCAUACUUCCCCCUGUGGACGACGGCGCGGCAUGCCCCCGACUACUGCCUCGCCACCUACUUGUUCUGGCUGCAUUUGCAUGCACCGGCCACUACGCACGUCCAAGGCAUCCCCCUUGCGCCACAGCCCGCCAGCUACGGCAGCCAGCAGCCUGCCAAGCCGCGAGAAGUCAAGGGCCCCCCCGCUCCCGCCGAGCAAGCCGACGAGAUCCCCGGGGAAGUUCCUCCCGCCAGAGAGCAGCAAGAAACAAGCGAUACGAACAACGCAGAUGCCACAGGAAGCGGCUGGCUCCUUUCCUCCACUUCUAGGCCUCAAGCCGCCUUGGCGGAGAAGAGGUCGACUGACGGCGAACUCAUGACAGACGGGAGCCCUGUGGCGCCUUCGCUGUACAUUUUCCUGAAACAGCGACUCUACUGCGCGGCCGAGUUGUCCUACCUGUUCACCCCUGCCGAUCAUGAUGCGGGCUGCUUCGCCUUAAUGGGCUUUCUGAACGACCCAAUGGAUAACGCAUACCAGCCACGAGUUUGUGAGGCUGGCGUAUUGCUCUACUUCAAGCAGCGCCUCAUUCGCAAACUGGAAUGCACCUUCCCCGACGCACCCAAAUACAUCGACGCCGCGCGACUUCCUCCUAGCGAACGCAUUUUCGGGCUAGAUGGAGAACCCCCACAGAUCUGUCGCUACGCCUUUACCGCUGUGAUCAACGUUCCGGAGUGGAUGCUCCCUUCUUUAAAUAAGCAAGAGUUUCUCCAUGAGAACAACAAACCGUACAUGAAAUUCAAGGCAAGAUGUAUGAAACUAAUGCAAGACUAUCUGUCGCGCUGCCGAAAUCCGCAGGCCUUGAGCGCAUGGCUGGAGCAGAGGUCGAAGAGGCUAAGCGAUUACCAAGAGCAGCAGAGGCGCAGCAGGCCGAAGCGCCGUUUGAACGAAGACCUGACAGACGAGGAGCAGCCGCGUCGCAGCCCAACUCCCCCUCUGACGCAUUCAAGCUCUGGCGCGCCCAUUUGGACGGGACAGCGGGGAAGCAAUACGGGAGGGGCCGACAGCUGCAGCCAAGCAGCGAAGCUUCAACUACAGGAACCUUCUGCUGCAGCCGAAAGCUCUGCUUAUGCAAACGAGGCAGAAGCUGCAGCCGAUGAUCAUCGUGGCGGCGCGCAGUUGAAGAAGCAUGAACUUGGACCAGAGGACAUGGCUCAGGACGGCAUGGAGGCGCCUGCUGCACCCGAGGGUGCGCCUGUUGUCGGCUUUACAGAGUCCGAAGAGCGGGGAAGCAAGACGGAAAGCGGUGACAUUGCAGAGGCAGCUAUAUCGAGUAAAUCCGAGGAACCGUGGGCGCAGGACAGCGUUCCUCCGCCCGAUACGCCGGUAGAGUGA